CUUUUUCCUGUUUUCCGAUCUUGUUUGCACGCAUUUCUCUUAUCUCUCUUCUUCUUCUCACGUUCUCAUCUUCUUGUUGCUGGUUGGUUGGUUGUUAUUGUUGUCGCAACAGUCUGUAUAUGCCGUUUUUCCUUCAUGUGUUGUAGUAGUAUUACCUUUUAUAUAUACAUAUGUUUCUUUCUUUUCGCCCCCUCGUCCUUCACAAUAUGUCAUUUUUUCCAUCUCCUCCCACUCCCACUCGCGCUCUGCAACACGCAUUGUAAAUUAUGAGUUUGUUUUCGUUUCGUUUUCCGUUCUGCCCUAUAUAUAUAUAUAUAUAUAUUAUACAUAAAGUUUCUGUUUGAUUGUAUCAUGAGCAAAAGAAUUGUCUCGCUUGCAUUUGAGAAGUAUGCUACUGCCGCUAAAUCCCACGCGGGCCCUCCACUAAUCAUUUCGCAUGGGCUGUUUGGAUCGAAGCAAAACUGGAGGACGCUAGCGAAAGUAUUCAGCACGCGACUGUCCCGAGAUGUUUACACAGUUGAUCUGCGUAACCAUGGUGACAGUUGCCGUAGCGACGUACACACUUUUGACAGCAUGGCCAAUGAUUUAACUCAGUUCAUUGCCGAUCAAGGUCUUGAACAACCUGUUCUUGUCGGCCAUUCCAUGGGUGGAAAAGCUUCUAUGGCAUGCGCCUUACAGUCACCUACAGCAAUUUCUCAUUUGGUGGUAAUCGAUAUGCCUCCUGUACCUCUCUCUUACGUUUUGCGAUUCGGCAAGUACGUGGAAGCAUUUAGAGCAAUUAAAGAGCGACGUCCAGAUCGACUAGCUACUGCCAGCAAAAUCCUUGAGCAAUAUGAGCCAAACCAAGGCGUUCGAUCUUUUUUGCUAACGAAUCUUCGACGCAACGAGGCGACCGGCUCUUAUUCCAUCAAGGCCAACUAUGAAACGCUUGGAAAGUCAUUGGAUGAUAUUGCAGCCUUCGAUACACAGGGCACAUUUGCAAAGCCCACGCUUUUCAUAGCAGGUGGCGACAGUCCAUACCGACAGAAAUUUUUGGUGUACCGUGAUACCAUUCGUGCCAUGUUUCCUAAUUCGACAUUGGAAACAAUCGAAGGUGCCGGUCACUGGGUGCAUGCCGAUCAACCUGAAGCUUUUGUCAAGCUAAUGAUCAAGACAUUUAUGCCAUCUGGUUCGCAUUAAAGCGGAAAGUUUUACCGCCGCAUAUCCGAACUGUACUGUUAAAAUACCUUGAUGAUGUUUUAUGCUUUCUGAUUUUGCCUAAUAUUAGCGAAUACUUAAUACAUACACACAAUCCUUUGAUCAACUACGAGUCAAACAAGACAGAAGGAGUCAGCUACCAUGUCAUAUCAACCUACACCCGUGCGCUGUCAUCAUCAUCGUCAUCUUGUGCUAUGAACGAACUUGUGACGCCUCCAAUUGAACAUAAAUCCACACGUAGAACGUCAACAGGAACAAGCAAAGUCUCAUGAAGUGCCAGCUAUGCUAUCACCACCAGCAUAACAUCAGCAGCAACGAAAGCGAAAAUUACGCUCGCUUGAAUACAUGAAUGACGAUUAAGAGCGAAAGAAUACCUCGAGCGUAAUCGCCAAAGUAUAUAACGCUAUAUCUCUUAAUAAGUGAAAUGACU